GGAGGUUGAGAAAUUGCAAGUCUUUCCACAAAGCGCAAGGGGCCCAGCUAUCUUUUCCUUGUUGCGGUCGCUCCUUAGGAUGCACGAUCAAGAGAACACCACAGGCUCGAGAAGCACUGAAAAUGUUAAUUUUCCAGACGAAGAAGCGGAUUUACGGGUCUUAGACAGCUCCAACACUCACAUACCCGUAUCAAUUUGUGCAUGGAUAGCCUUGAGUUCGCUCGUUAUUGCCUUCAAUAAGUGGAUUCUAGAGCGCGCACCAUAUCCUAUUCUACUUACAACAUGGCAUCUGAUCACGGCCUCCCUACUCACGCAGAUACUAGCGUUAUGCUCUCUACUGAGGUUUUCCGACCACAGGAUCACUCCGCACAAAUACAUCCAGGCAAUUGUCCCAAUCGGCGUUUUCUACAGCUUCAGCCUCGCGUGUGGCAACAUAGCAUAUCUGCACCUUAGUGUCUCCUUCAUCCAGAUGCUCAAGGCUAUGGCACCAGUCGCUGUUUUGCUAACAAGACUUGCCAUAGGUCUUGCCCGACCAGAUCUAGAGGUUCUGUUCAUUGUUAUGCUGGUCGCGGUUGGUACCACUGCGACAACCUCCAGUGAAGCGCUAUUCAGUUGGGUUGGCUUCCUCUAUCAAAGUGGUGCUGUGGUAUUUGAAGCUGUACGGGUGGUGCUGGUCGAGAAGCUGAUGGGUACCAGAGAAAAGAUGGACCCAUUAGUCGCACUAUAUUACUACGCACCAAUAUGUGCAAUCAUUAAUACAGCAUUAUUCAUAGUAUUUGAGCUUCCGAGAGUCAAUCUACAAGAGAUAGUGGCGGUGGGCGCAGGAGUCUUGCUGUACAAUGCGGCAGCAGCAUUCCUACUUAACGUUUCCUCCGUGAUGGUGAUUGGGAAGUCAUCCUCCCUAGUCUUGUCCCUUUCGGGUAUACUUAAGACUAUAAUAAUAGUCGUUGGAUCAGUGCUAUUCUAUGGAGACACUGUGUCUGCUAUCCAGGUUCUGGGCUACUCAGUAGCCCUGAUAGGCUUAAUCAUGUAUAACGUGGGAUUCAUGCAAGUUCUCGAGACCUCAAGAAACAUACGGCAGGCAGCUUCUAGCAAUCCGCUCGUCUUGAUUGCGAUUAUAACGACCGGCAUUAGUAUAGGAUGUAUGAUGGUGGUGUACUUCCAAGGAGUACUUCUCGCUUGAAUGUAAUAGCAAGCGGUCAGCAGAUAAGAUGGCAACUUUUCAAUACAAAC